GCGGUCUGCCUGUGUGGAUCUGAGCCAUCGCCGGCGGCGAGCCCGCAUUCAGACGCCGCGGACCGCUCCCGGCGGGGCUGCGUGCAGUCAGCACGAAUGCUCAGCUCUAGGCGUCUACAGAAGCCUCCCGACUGCAUGGAUUUGGCUGUUUAAUCAACCGAGACAACUGCCCCGGAAGACUUGCGAGCCGGAUCGGCGCUCCAGCUGCCCUGACAACUUCAGGACCGGCUGUUUACUCCCCUUGGUGCCCGGGACUCUGUCCUGCACCGCAGCCGCUCCUGCCACUUUCCCGGCUGUGAAGCCGGCCAGCCGCGGGGACUCCUCUGACAGCACCCCCAGGAAGGGGGAGCCACGAGGGGUUAAAAGAGGAGCAGACACCCUCCCAACUGCUCAGCCUCUCGUGACUGCCUGUGCUCUGGGUUCUGAGAGGGACCGUGCGCUGCCCGGGGAAGCAAUGCAAGUCUCCAUAGCCUGCACAGAGCACAAUUUGAAGAGUCGGAAUGGUGAGGACCGACUUCUGAGCAAGCAGAGCUCCACCGCCCCCAAUGUGGUGAACGCAGCCCGGGCCAAAUUCCGCACGGUCGCGAUCAUCGCGCGCAGCCUGGGGACGUUCACCCCUCAACAUCACAUUUCUCUCAAAGAGUCCACCGCAAAGCAGACUGGCAUGAAAUAUAGGAAUCUUGGAAAAUCAGGACUCAGAGUUUCUUGCUUGGGUCUUGGAACAUGGGUGACAUUUGGAGGACAAAUUUCAGAUGAGAUUGCUGAACGGCUGAUGACGAUCGCCUAUGACAGUGGAGUCAAUCUCUUUGAUACUGCCGAGGUCUAUGCAGCUGGGAAGGCUGAAGUGAUUCUGGGGAGCAUCAUCAAGAAGAAAGGCUGGAGGAGGUCCAGCCUGGUCAUAACAACCAAACUCUACUGGGGUGGAAAAGCUGAAACAGAAAGAGGAUUAUCACGGAAACAUAUCAUUGAAGGACUGAAGGGCUCCCUCCAGAGGCUGCAGCUCGAGUAUGUGGAUGUGGUCUUUGCAAAUCGACCGGACAGUAACACCCCCAUGGAAGAAAUCGUUCGAGCCAUGACACAUGUGAUAAACCAAGGAAUGGCGCUGUACUGGGGAACCUCACGGUGGAGUGCUACAGAGAUCAUGGAAGCCUACUCUGUAGCAAGACAGUUCAAUAUGAUCCCGCCAGUCUGUGAACAAGCUGAGUACCACCUUUUCCAGAGAGAGAAAGUGGAGGUCCAGCUACCAGAGCUCUACCAUAAAAUAGGUGUUGGAGCAAUGACAUGGUCUCCCCUCGCCUGUGGAAUCAUCUCAGGAAAAUAUGGAAAUGGAGUGCCUGAAAGUUCUAGGGCUUCACUGAAGUGCUACCAGUGGCUAAAGGAAAGAAUUGUAAGUGAAGAAGGGAGAAAACAGCAGAACAAACUGAAAGAUCUUUCCCCAAUCGCUGAGCGUCUGGGAUGCACACUACCUCAGCUCGCCGUGGCAUGGUGCCUGAGAAAUGAGGGUGUGAGUUCUGUGCUUCUGGGAUCCUCCACUCCUGAGCAACUCAUUGAAAACCUCGGUGCCAUUCAGGUUCUCCCAAAGAUGACAUCACACGUGGUAAAUGAGAUUGAUAACAUUUUGCGAAACAAGCCUUACAGCAAAAAGGACUACAGAUCCUAAGGCAGUGCAUGAGCCACUGGAGCUGCAUGGUUUAAUGUGCGGUCUACGCUGGUAUGGAACAGUGUUAUCAGCCAUUCUUUUGAAUCACUUAGCAGCUUGCUGCUGAACCUCUAGUGUUCCCGGAUUCUGAGGUGUCUGCUGUCGCUACCACUGUGCACCUGAAUUACGAGCACAUCUGAAAACUCACAACCAAGAAAAUCCAUUCUAUUUUCUUAUCUUGGACUGGAAUCACCUAUUCCUGCAUUGCUCUGUACACCUCAUGCUUACACAAUGUAUAGUAUUAGGUGGGAAAACUACCCUCAGGCAUUUAGUACUUAAAAGAAGGCUGUACAGAUAUAUUUUUUCAAAUGAACAAAAUCCACAGACGCAAUGUGGAUUGCAUCAGAAAGAGGUCUUUAUGAGAAGUCUUGCUUGAGAAAAUAAGCAGAAGCAAUUCUACAUUUCUUUUUUCUAUUUUCACAUUAAGGUUAGCAAGAGUUGUAUCCCUUGUCAUUCAACAAUACUGAAAUUCCUACACAUUUGCUUUCAUUGACAUUUAAAUAUUCACUGUUGCUUGGCUCCAAGAAUGGCCCUGAGUAGCAAUUUACCCAAGGUGUCUAUUAGGAUUCUAAUAAUGCUAUGUCCAUUUACAUGUAGAUGGUAAAAGAAUGAACAGUCUUUAAGACAUUUGGUUAAUUUAUCAAAGGGAGGACCACAGUGGUAUGGAAGCUUAGCUUUGAAUAAAAUGUAAUGUGUUUGCAGUGAAGUUUUCAUUUUUUACUAUAUUUUAUUAAAACCUGCUUUAUACUUUUGACUGCUUAUAGGCACAGCUUCUGCAAAUUUAAAUAUUUGAGCUUUAAAAAUAAAUACACACAUGCUCAGUUUGCUAAGUAAACCUGUAAAAUACCCAGAAAGGCAAAUAUUUGUUGUUUAAUUAGCACUGGGAUUUUACAAUAUAAUCCUUGGGUUUUUGAGGAGUUAUUAACAUGAAAGUGAAUCACAGGCUUUGUGAAAAAUGCUGUCACUACUUAGCAUAUGCUGGGUGAAUUAACUUGCCCAAUAAAAUACAAACGUGAAAGAACUUCCUGAUUCUAUAAUCAUAUUAUAUGCACUAAACUAUAUGCAUGAAAGCUCUUUGCAUGGACUAAAGGGGCCUAGCCUUGUUGCACUCAGAAGCCGAGGUCUACCUAGCCCUGCCACUAUUGGCUACCUACCUACCUUCACGAAUAUUCCACCAGAGAAAUUUGUGAGAAUAUAUUAUGUGUACCUGUAGGAAGGAGAAAACAUUUUUUUUUUUGGAAGUGGGGGGGGGGGCGGUUCCUAUAUCUCUAUUUAGACACCUGAGUGUGUACAAAAUUUUAAUUGAAUUUCCCAGAUAGCAGGACCCCCAUCUAGAAAUCACUUUGAAGCUUAAAUAUACCAUAAGCUUAAAAUGCUUUUUCUGCCAUCAUUUCCAGAAAUGUAUUUUAUGGUUAAGUUCAAAAUGUUAAAAUGUUAGUGUGAAAUACCAACAAAUUUUUUUUUUGAUCACUACUUCCUGUAUUGUAAUAGGGAAAUAGUUUGGGUUUUUUUGUUAUCAGAUUAGUGAUGGAAAUGGAUCAUUUUUCAGUUGUUCAUUGUGUAUUCAAUAAAUCCAGUGAACUACUGUAUGCAUUAAUGAGUUGAAGUUGUCUAACUGGAACUGCAACUUAACUUACUUGCUUAGAGUAAUAAAAGCAUUUUGUGAAUUGAA